AUGAUGAGAAAUAUGAAGACGCUCUUGAAGCCAUCAUCGUCAUUGGCUUGCAUCACUAGACAACCACAACAAUUCGCCACCAAACUUUUCAAUAACAGUAGUAAUAUUCGUAAUUUUUCAUUAUCGAGAAUUAGUAAACAACAACAACAAUCCGAACAAAAUAGUGGUGGAUCAUCGGAAUCGUCAGGAAAAAGACAAAGUCCAUUCAGAAGGCUUUUAAAGACUUCCUUGUUGUUGUCAUUGGGUAUUUCAACUGUGGCCAUUGUUUGGUCAGUAAGACAAUAUAAUCAAGAACCAAAUGACUCAGUUUUGGAUAAGGUUUUCAAGAACUUGUAUGGUCCAUAUAGAAAUUAUGUUCAAUUGACCACUCCUCAACCAAAUAUUGAGGAAACUUUAGUUUAUAAUAAUGAUAUGCUUUCCUUUGAUGCCUCUAAUAGUGCUGAUCCAACUGAUCCACUUUCUAAUUUAUUUGUCAAGCCAGGUCUUUUGAUUAAAGAGGAAAUUCACAAUGUUGGAGGUACCUUUGAAGUUUUUGAUGAUUAUGGACAUACUCUUGAUUUAAUUUGGAUGCUUAUGAGUAGAGAUGAAUUCAACAAGGCAUCCAAUAGUGUUGAUUCAGGAUCUAGAGAAGAAUUAUUGAACGGAGAAGAUUUUGAAUUACUCGAAUUUAGUAUUAACAGAGGAUUAAACCCAGAGGAAGAAAUUGUUUAUAUGGAAAGAAUUAAUCCAAAGGUAAGCUCUUUAUUUCUAUAA